GUGUACCCAACCUCCCAAAAAAAAAAACCCUUGUUCUGCAAUCUGCAUCUCAGUCUAGUGUCGACAGUUUUACACCCCAUAGAGGCAGAGAGGAGAGAGAAAGUGUGAGCAAAAAUGGCGAUGAUGGGAGCUCUUAAAAAAGCAAUAUUAGGGCACAUUCAAAUUCCCAUCUCUCAAACUACUGCUUUCACUGUUGCUGGAUCCAACAAAAUUUCAAACCUAAUUAGUCGAGCAUUUUCAUCGCACGACGACCAUCUCACCAAAGAUCAAGUCACUGAUCGAGUUCUUUCCGUCAUCAAAGAUUUCCCCAAAGUCGAUCCUUCCAAGGUUACACCUGAAGUACAUUUCCAGAAAGAUCUGGGUUUAGAUAGUUUGGACAAUGUUGAACUUGUAAUGGCCCUAGAAGAGGAGUUCAAGCUGGAGAUUCCUGACUUGGAGGCCGAUAAAAUUGACUCCUGUAAGCUCGCCAUCGAAUACAUUCACAACCACCCAAUGUCAAGUUGAAUCAAGCAAGAGAAAUUCUUCAAUUUUGUUAUGUGGGAUUUCAUGCCUUUGUCAAACCUUAUUUUGUUUAAGAAGUAUUUGACGACUAAUGUGGCAACAUGGUCCUUGCGGUUGGCCAAUAAAUUGUAAGAUUGAUAGGACUUAUUUUCGACCAAUUGACUUCUUCUUUUUUUCAUUCUUGUAACGUUUCAAUUACAUCAUGUUUUAUCUAUGUGCAAUAUCACACCCAUGCUUUAGUCUUGAGAUUUUGGACAAGACGAUGAAAGUAAUGGUUGGAAACUUGGAACUAUGACCAACAUCAUCAAUCUAAUAAACAAACCUUUUCCUCGCGUUCAA